AUGAAACGGCUGCCUGGUUGUGUAACAAUCGCUGCAUAUUCGGUAAUUUUAUAUAUACUUGUUGCUGACGUGGGUUUUUAUACGUUGUUCCAGUGGUUAAGCUUUGCCAUGACAGUUGACUUGGUGCUGAUUAUUUAUCUCGUCCUUUUCAUAAUCACUUUACGAUGUUGCGAUUUGGUCAUUGAUGAAGGACCGUUUUUAUUCAAAAGGAAUCGAAAUGGUGGAAAUCAAAUCAAGUCUAGCGCUGAUAAGAGUGAUAUUAACAGUUAUCCCAGGACAUAUCAGGAAGCUGACCAUCUCGAUGGCAAACUGUUGUAA